AUGGACGAGGCUACAGCCUGCACGGAGGGCAUGAAGGUGCUCCAGCUGGAGCAGCCUAUGCUGGUGCAUAAGGAAGCGGGGUGCAACAACCUCGUGCCUUACAACUUGCAGCUCUUCAUUGUGCCCAAAGGCUCCAACAAGCACGACAUCAUCAAGCACGUGAAGUUCGUGGACGGCACCAGGGUCCUGCGCAGCGCAAUUUUGCGGAUGUGCCAUGGCCAGGCUCUUCAGGUCGACCUUCAGGGCAAGUUCAGGGAAGGAGGCCGUGCUCUACAGUACAUGCUGGAGGGGCCGGAGGAGAACUCCAAGGGUCAGUUCACCACUUGGACAGAAGAACAGGUGAACGACCCCAAUGGCCCUUUGUACAAAUGGGACAAGGGGACCAUCAAGGAGUUCUUGCGGGUGCUCGCAGAUCAAGGCUCCCAAGCGAACACCAUCAACGACUGGCCUCUGACACUGAAAAGUCUGACUCCCUGGGGCCUGAACAUUGUCAUUGCCCCGAUCCUGCCCCACGUGCUGUCACAUGUUGUGGUCUGGGUUGGUAAAUCCCAUGUGGGGAAGAGCCCGGUCUCCUACGCCCUGUCCUCGGUGGUCUCGGCAUACUGGUUGAUUCAGGAAGACAAGAACGAGUCCCCGAGAUUCCAGACAGCCAAUCAUCUGGAUUAUUUCCGCAAGGAGAAGGGCCGCAAGACGAAGCCCCGAGUCUUUGACGACGGGAAUCUCAACCUCGAACACCCCGCUGCAGUCAAAGCCGUCACGGAGGUGGACGGAGUUGAUCGGAAAACCAUGGCCCGAUACAACGCAUCCUCAUACGAGAAAAAUCAGCUGUACCAGAUUUGCAGCAAUCCUUACGACCGCACGGUCGAGCCGCCCAUGAGCCCACAUGCAACCUCCGACACUGUGCCAUUUGACAUCUUCUUCAAGCUUGUUCGUCCUUCCUUCCACAAGGAAUUCGAUGAGGAGGACUUGAUGGGAGUCUUCAAGCGCAGUGUCUUUGUGGUCUUCACGGAGGUUGGCAUCUACAUUCGCUUGCCUGGCACAAAGCGAGACCCCGUCAAGCGCCACGCGUGGCCGGAGGAUGAUGUUGGCAUGAUCUCGCCAGCGGCGCGCCCAACCUUGGCUGCCUACAAGCAGGGCAACUUCACCAGACCCCCUGCCAGCUAUGACCAAGACCUGCAAUGGAGUUUGAAUCUGUUGCAGGCAGGGCUUGACGGGGAGGACGUACCCUUUUGCACCACCACAAAGGGAACAGAGCUCUUUUCUGGACGGAAAUACAUCGAGGAGCCCAAGAUGAAAGUGCCUGAGACAGCAAAGAGUGAGGACUACUUG